UUUUGUUGUUUUCAUUAAAAAAAAAAUCGAUGCGUCUGACAACUCGACGUACGCAAAAUCCAUUUUAGUUGGUAAAAUUUAUACUGGAGAAAAAAUUUAGAUUAAAAUACAAAUCACAGCAUCAUGAGUACUUCAGCAACGGUACCCUUACUGGACGACACCGUCCCAUUUGGUGACGAGGACGAAAUGAACGCAAAUGGAGCACCCAAAAGACUGAGUCACCCGUACGUGACCUUCUUCCACGUGUUCUUCCGGGGGGCUGCCUUGGUGACCUACAUGUUCUGCGGAGUGUUUACCACAUCGUUCAUCAAAUCUUUUCUGAUGGUGGUGUUCUGGCUGUCGGCGGAUUUCUAUCUCGUCAAAAAUCUGAGCGGCAGGUUGCUCGUUGGGAUGCGCUGGUGGAACUACGUCGAUGACGAUGGUCGUUCGCAUUGGGUGUUCGAAUCGAAGAAAGGUGUUGACAACUAUGAGGCCCGCAUUAAUCCCCAUGAAUCGCGGAUAUUUUGGACGGCCUUGGUGGUUUGUCCGCUGCUGUGGGGUUUGUUUUUCGUGGUGGCCCUGUUUGGGUUCAACUUCAGAUGGAUGCUUCUAGUCAUGAUUGCGCUAUCACUGAACGGUGCCAAUCUGUACGGUUACAUCAAAUGUAAUUUCGGGGCCGGUGCCAAUCUGAGUACGACAACGACCGAUUUCGUCAAGAGUCAGGUGCUUAAGAAUGCUGUUAGUUUAAUGACGCAACCCACUGGAUCUGGAACGUCAAAUUCGUCCGCCCCAAAGCAAAACAUCACUGUAGCUUAAGACAUUUCACCAAACUAUCUGACUGUUCGUGUAUUUAUUGCAGUAUAGUAUGUAUCCUGCCUGAAUAAAAAGAUGGCUUUGCAUUCCUUUGUCUAAAAUAAACGCUGAAUGUCUUUUA